CUUCGAGCUCCAUCAAAACCGCAAUGCUGCCGACACUGACAGUGAAUCUCCAGGGCGACCAAUACGCUCUCUACACGAGUCUUGUCGACUUUGUCUGCAUGCAAAUCAACAACUGCCCGCACUGGAAGUUCGCUACAUCAGUCGCCUGGGAAGAUCUUCCUACCAACAAGUUUGCGAUUUUCUACGAGACGGAGACGUGUCAAACCGGUGGUAAGAAUCACUAUUACAUUUCGGGUGUUGUAGAAAAUGAUGGCACGCACGCGUUCCAAACGCCGGCUGCAAUUCGGUCCUACAUGGUUGGAACCAUCGACGACCACAAGCGUCGACCUUCACGCAUCGUCAGCUCCUGUGUGGAGGAGCGCGCCAGUCUCCAAGAUGCUGCCAGUACUCUGAAUGGAGCGACGUCUAGCUCCUCCGACGAGAUCAAGUGGAAGACCGACGACGCAGCUGCAGCUGGAGGUCUCUCCUCAAACUGGUCGCAACCUCUAUGAUGCUGUAGACUGCGUCACUACAGGUCUUCUUAGCAUAACAGACCAUGAA